UUUUCGAACCGACAUUGCUAUCAGUGAUGCGACGUCGCUGGCGUGCACGCAUCACCUGUGGCGGUAUCGCACUGCCUGGACUGCGAAAAUUAAAGUCAGUAGACGGCAAUUUGCCGUAAUGAUUAAAAGCACUACCCGGUGCGCUGUGACAUCUUUUAUUUGUGCGCUGCUGAUUUUCCACACGGCGCACGCGAAAGGACGUGUCAAUGAAAAAUCAACAAGUGAUUGGUAUCCCAGCAGCUACACCACAACGCUAUGUGGGGGUGUCUUAGCAGUGCUAUUCUUUGUCGUUGCUCGAGAAAAGCUCAACCUUACCAAAAUAAAGACACAGGACCCUUUUAAACAAAGGCAGAGGAAAUGUAAUGGGAAGUCGGUGAAAGUCCUGUACGGUACUCAAACUGGAAAUGCAAAGAUUUUGUCGGAAAAACUUGCGGCUGAGCUGGAUGCACUGGACUAUGAUGUGGAAAUGGUCAACUUGAAGCAUGUGGAGCCAGAGGAAUGUCUGCUUGGUCAGGUGAAAGCAAAGGGCCUUUGUAUCUUCAUCGUGUCAACAUACGUGGACGGAUCAGCACCAGAUGAAGCCACAUGGUUCUACGAUUGGUUGAAGGAUACAUAUGCAGAUUUCCGAGUGCACAAGUACUACCUCCAGGGUCUUGACUAUGCCAUCUAUGGCCUGGGAGACUCAGCCUAUGGUGACAGUUACAACAAGGUUGCCAAGGACAUGGAUUUCUGGCUGUCCAAACUGCAUGCAACGCCGGCGGUUCCCCUUUGUCUCAAUGAUGAAAGCCAUGAUGAAGGAAAAUAUGGGACAGGCAAGUUUCCAGCUUGGAAAGACGACAUUGUAGCAUACCUGAAAGGAAGCCCAUUGAUCACCACGCAGCCUAGUGAACCUCACCCUGCAUCGGAAGGCAUGGCUUAUGAAAGCUCGAGUGAUGAAGGUGAACCUGAACUGAUUGACUUGGAAGACCUUGGCAAUGUUGGCGGGACUGCCAAGCUGAAGGAGCAGGAGUCCAAGACAACCAGGAGUGGAGAGGCUCGGCGAGACAUGCUGACCCCGCUGCUGCGCCAGUCGCUGGGAAAGCAGGGCUACCGCCUCAUUGGCUCCCACUCGGGGGUGAAGCUGUGCCGCUGGACCAAGGCCAUGCUGCGUGGCCGUGGUGGCUGCUACAAGCACAGCUUCUACGGCAUCGACUCGCAUCGCUGCAUGGAGGCCACCCCAAGCCUUGCCUGUGCCAACAAGUGUGUCUUCUGCUGGAGACACCACACAAAUCCUGUGGGGACUGAGUGGAAGUGGAACAUGGACGCACCCGAGAUGAUUGUGGAGAAUGCACUGAAGAACCACUACAAGAUGAUAAAUGAGUUCAAAGGGGUUCCCGGUGUGCUGCGCGAGCGUCUGAACGAAGGCCUGCAGGCACGUCACUGUGCCCUCUCUCUGGUUGGAGAGCCCAUCAUGUAUCCAGAGAUCGGGCAGUUGGUGCGCCUUCUGCAUGACCGGGGCAUCUCUACGUUCCUGGUGACCAACGCACAGUUCCCCGACGCCCUGCGGGAACUUGGGCCCGUCACGCAGCUCUACGUGUCGGUGGAUGCCAGCAGUCGCGAGGCGCUCAAACGCAUAGACCGGCCUCUCUUUCCGGACUUCUGGCAACGCUUCCAGGACAGCCUCGCCACCCUGGCAGACAAGGGUCAGAGGACAGUCUAUAGGCUGACCUUGGUCAAAGAAUGGAACAUGGAUGAAAUGCAAGGCUAUGCCAACCUUGUGGGACUUGGAAAACCGGAUUUCAUUGAAAUCAAGGGUGUGACGUACUGUGGCGAGUCCAAAGGGGCCCACCUGACCAUGACCAAUGUACCCUGGCACGAAGAGGUGCUGUGCUUUGUGAAGCAGCUGGUGGCCUUACUUCCCAACUACAGCAUCGCCUCGGAGCAUGAGCACUCCAACUGCGUGCUCGUUGCACACAAUAAGUUCUGUAUCAAUGGGCAGUGGAACACGUGGAUUGACUACGAGCGCUUCCACGAGCUGGUGCAGAGAUUCUACCAGACAGGCGAGUCGUUCACCUCGCUCGAUUACGUGGCACCACUCCCCCAUUGGGCAGUGUUUGGGGCCAGGGAGCGUGGCUUCGACCCCAACGACACUAGGAUGCUCAGAAGGUCCAAGAAGGACAUCAGUGGAUGCUAGGACUAAGCUAAGUGGAUUCUAGCCCGUCCAACUCUCAGAAGCUGGCAGCGAAAUGUGCGUGUGAGCACCGAAUAGUGUUCGAUCCAUUUUGAAAUCUGAAGGAUUACAUAUGCAGCAUUGCUGGGAAGGCACCGAGGAAGGGCAAAGGCCUGAGCCUGAAAACACCUUUCGUAAUUGUUUCACAGUGCCUAAGCAAGCACCAGUAAGCUUGUGAUAAGAGGUUGCCAGCUCCACAUGCCGCAUCACAUACACUUGGUCAUUACAACAUUACCGAUAAAAACUUCUGCUUUGAGACACAGCAUGCAUUAAGGUGACAUUGUGUUAACCAAACCCAUUUGCAAAUGAUUUGCGCAGCAUUUCUAUCUCUGUUUUGGAUUGGGCAGCUGGAGUGAAACAGAUCCACUGUUGUUGUAAUGAAUUGGACAAAAGCCCGUCACUGGAGCUCACCGUCUUCUUGGUGCCAUUGUGACAUUCGACAAAGCGGAAGCUUUUACCUGCAGGUCUUAUAUUUGGAUCCUGCAGGUUAAAAGUAGUUGUGCGUAGUAAAUGCAUAUGAAUGUGCUUUUGUUUCAUCAGUUGUUAGAACCAGGUGUUCUUGGUGUAAAAAAACAAACAAACAUAGUGGGGUACUGAUAAUUCAGGCCGUAAUGUAAUGAGUAGGGCCAGUAUAAUGUAGCGAUUCUCUUCGUCCAACUGUCUUCCUUUCUCAUCAUCAUCUACCACUCGUGACCAGCUGGCCCUGGUGAUAACCAAUGUGCCGUUCGGAUGACUGAUGAAGCACGAAAAGGGAAAAACUGGAAUCACAUCGUUACAUUAUCCCAGCCUGGCACUUGUAGCUCCUUACCAAGUACAGUGACUUGCACAUUUUCUUCUCAGCCCUUCUGUUUGGGAAACCAUGUACAGGUCUUUCAGGGCAUCAUUUCUCCCAUUUUGCAAUUGAUGAAUGCGGUAUCAGCAUAGAUCAGUAGAGCCAUGUUGGUGCUACUGCUGUGCAGUCAGGAGCAAAAGGUUGUGGACCUCAGGUUUAAUGUAAAGAAAAAGAAAACAAAGGAAUGCUUCCUAGUGUAGCCAACGAGCCAAGAAUUUUAAAGUGCAGUGUGAUGUUUCAUAUGCGAUCAUCAUGGUUCUUGAGUCAUAUUGUGGCUUUGUGCGACACCUAUUGUCCAUAAAGCUUUGUCCCUGACUGCACAUUGUUUUAGGGCAUUUCGCAUGUGUGAUACAUUGUUGUUGGGGAAACAAAUUUCUCUUCAUAAGUGUUGGAGUGUGAACGUAUGAAAGGAUUUGGCGUGCAGGAUGCUAACCUUGUGGGCAUUUUUUUUUUACUGUGCAGUGGUUAUGUACCGUGAAUAGAAAUGAGCUGUGUGAGUUGAAUAGUAUGUGCAGAAUGAAUUUGUACAUUUUAUAUGUUGACAUUUUGAUGGUAGUUCCAACCUUCAGCGAUUGUUUUUGUAACACAUGUCACUUAGCACAAUGCAUUGUCUUUUAUAUGUGCUCAGCAUAGGCACCACCAUUCGCUUACUGCGUGUUGUCAAUGUGUAUGGCCAUUUUUUUGUUGCUGUUUUUUCGCGUAGUGCCUUUGUUAUUGUAUUGGUCCAUUACUUUGUUGCUCGCCAAAGAAGCUUGAUCUAUUGUUGAUCUAUUGACAAUGGCCAAUCAUUUCUGUCAGAAUUGUGAGUCGCAUUCAUACAUGCAUAAUUGAAGCCAGAUAAGGUAUAAUUUAAGUAUUUUUUAAUGUACGCCUUCACAGUAUUUCGUCAUACAGCCAUCAUAUUUAUCAAUCAUUCAGCAGCUAGAUUUCGGAGAUGCAGAAAAGAAAAAUUUAUACCAACUGCUAGAGAUAAACACUUUGCCAACUUUUCUUUAGUUCUUCCGGUGGCUGCCUUUGCAUAGUAAUUUUAUUUGCCAAAGUUACAGAACAUCAACAAGGGCACCAUGCUUUGUGCACUGAACUGAGAAGCGAAAUGUGAUUUCUGUUGCAGUUUGUUUUCCACUGUUGCUUGAAACAAGCGUGUGCUGAAGGAUGAUAUAAACUUGUUCUUCGUAAGAA